CGAGCGUGUCGGGCCAGCCCGAGACUCGCCUUGCAAUGCCAUGUUUGUGUGCGCGCUCUAACUCCCUGAGAGCAGUCAGGGAGACGGCUUCCCGGCCGGAGCUGGCUGAUGUUUUCUUGUUUCUGUUUCAGCCUUCAGGAUAAUUCCUUCAGCAGCACCGCUGUAACAGAGUGUGACGAAGAUAUAGUCUCUCUUCAUGAAGACCAAACUGAUUGCUCUAGUCUUAGAGAUGAAAACAAUAAAGAGAAUUACCCGGAUCCUGGCGCUGGAGUAGAGGAGCACGUACCCCCAUCGCACGAGGCGCAGCAGCAUGUAGAGCAGACCCUAUUGGUGGACGGCUUGUUGCGACCCAGCAUGGGCAAUUUCAAGUCCCGGAAGCCCAAGUCCAUCUUCAAAACUGAGAGUGGGAGGAGUCAUGGAGAAAGUCAGGAAACAGAGCAUGUGGUGCCCAGCCAGUCGGAGUACCUGGGUAGAGCAGGAACACCAGUUUAUGAGAGUCCACAAAACAACUCCUUCAGGUGCCAGGAAACCGUGCAACCCCAACCAAGAAUAGACCAGAGGGCUGCCAUUUGGCCAAAGGACGCUUUUGAAACUCAGCAAGACUUAAAUGAGAAUUCUUUGCUGAAGCUUCAAGCCCUUGAAUCUGAUUUGUGCUCUGCGUUUUUGACAAACCAGGAAGCUGCUGCACAGGUACACGGAGUCAAGGACCCAGCCCCAACGUCAGGCCAGAGUGUGCCGGCUGAUGGAGCUGAUCCUGCAGACUCCAUGACAACCCACAGAGAUGGGCAAAAGGAAGCUGACAGCAUACCAGAAGACCUGUCUGUGGGGACCAGCAGGCUGCUCUGUCACAUCACCGAUGGAGAUAACCCCCUGCUGUCACCCCGAUGCUCCAUCUUCAGCCAAAGUCAGAGAUUCAACUUAGACCCUGAGUCAGCACCUUCUCCACCCAGCACUCAGCAGUUUAUGAUGCCCCGAAGUUCUUCACGGUGCAGCUGUAGUGAUGGCAAAGAGCCUCAGACCAUUGCGCAGCUCACCAAGCACAUCCAGAAUCUCAAGCGGAAAAUCCGGAAAUUUGAAGAAAAAUUUGAACAAGAAAAGAAGUAUCGGCCUUCACAUGGUGACAAGACUUCUAAUCCUGAAGUACUGAAAUGGAUGAAUGAUUUGGCUAAAGGUCGUAAACAGCUCAAAGAACUAAAGCUGAAGCUAUCAGAAGAACAAGGAAGUGCUCCUAAAGGCCCUCUGAGAAGCUUGUCCUGUGAGCAACCCACAGUUCCAAGAGAAAAUGGGAAGCCUGAAGCUACGGGCCCUGAGCCAAGCUCUUCUGGGGAGGAGACUUCUGAUGCUGUGUUGACAUGCCUAAAGGAGAAGAGAGAGCAUUUCCCUCCCCGGGAGGAGUCUAAGGUAACUAAGCAAGACAAGAACCUCAUAAAGCCCCUUUAUGAUCGAUACAGAAUUAUCAAGCAAAUCUUGUCAACGCCUUCCCUUAUACCAACAAUUCAGGAGGAAGAGGACUCUGAUGAAGACUGUCAACAGGGAAGCCAACCACCUUUACCAGAUCCAGGGUCUCAAAUUCCUGUUGGUGACCACCUUACCUACUCUGAGACAGAACCUGUUAGGGCCCUGAUACCAGAUGAAAAGAAAGAAGUAAAACAACCAGCUCUCUCCAUGUCUAAUUUACAUGAGGCCACUAUGCCUGUACUUCUUGACCAUCUCCGAGAAACCAGAGCUGACAAGAAGAGACUAAGGAAAGCCCUAAGAGAAUUUGAAGAACAGUUUUUUAAACAAACAGGAAGAAGUCCACAAAAAGAAGAUAGGAUACCGAUGGCAGAUGAGUACUACGAAUACAAGCACAUAAAAGCCAAACUGAGACUAUUAGAGGUCCUCAUCAGUAAGCAAGAUGUGGCCAAAACUAUUUGAGGUUUAGGAAAUCACCAUCAUUUUCACCCCACAUAAAAAUCAAGCUUAUUUUUCCAUUGCUCUUUGUGCUAAGUAGUUUUGACGUACUGAAAAUGGAAGCACUUUAGUGGUAGUUUAUUUUUAAGAAAGGAUAGCAAGUUUAUGGACUGUCCAAAGGAAAGGGAUUUAAAUGGGGAAAAAUUAAACAGGUAACCCAUCUUAGUGGGAAAAAAUCAGCUUCCUCCAUGCCAAGGACAAAAUUGAGUCAAUAUAAUUAUUUCAAAAAAAUAUAAUUUUGGGGAUGGGUACUGAGGAUCAAACAUGGGACGUUCU